AUGCCCACCAUCUCCAUAACCGCCAUCUCAGACCCCGUCUGCCCCUGGUGCUACAUUGGCGCUCUCCGUCUCUCCCGCGCUAUAUCCCUCUACCGCAAGACCGUCUCCUCCAGCGACGUUGUCACCACGUCCUGGCACGCGUACCAGCUCGACCCUCACACCAAGGCGCAGCCGAUGCUCGAAAAGAUGGCGGCUAAAGUCGGCGAGGAAAAGGUGCCCGAGUUCAAGGCACGGCUGGGAGACAUUGCAAAGCGCGAGGGGUUAAGCUUUGACUUUGGGGGUACGAUUGGGAAUACUAGGGAUGCGCAUCGGUUGGAGAAGUUGGCAAAGAUCAAGGAUGAGGAGGAUUUGGAGACUAGGGUUGCUUUGGAGGUGAUGAAGAUGUAUUUUGAAGAGGGAGGCAAUAUUACUAGCAUAGACGAUCUAGUGAAGGCUGCUGGGAGAGUUGGCAUUGAUGAGAGUGAAGCGAGGGCGUGGUUGGAGAGUGACAAUGGAGGGGAAGAGGUUGAUGCCGAAGUGCUUGAGAUGCAGAAGCUGGGUGUCAAGGGCGUGCCACGCUACAUCAUCAAUGACAAGUUUACGGUUGAUGGAGCUGAGGAUGUGGGAGUGUUUUUGGAGCAGAUGGUUUUGGCGAGGGAAGAGGCUCUCAAGGAGAGUCAGUAG